CCCCUGUUCAAUCCUGGGCGGUUGAGUGACGGAACUUCGUGGCAGUGACCCUUCCUGGGCGUCUUGGCGCGUAUCGGGCGGGGAAGGAGCUGGGCAGCCCCGCCCACCUUGGUGCCUGCUAAGGUUCCUCUCUAAGACACGAGUUCCCCUGUGGCGUCUCCUCGCCGCGCUCAGCCCCGCGCCGGCCGGACCGGUGUGCCACUUUCGCUCGGGACGGCGGCCGGAGGAGGACACGCGAGGAGCCCGAGGGUGGCGCACGGGAUGGCAGCGGCCGCGCUGCCCGGCCGCGCGCUGGUACCUGUGACGUUUGAGGAUGUGACCGUGACCUUCACCCAAGAGGAGUGGGGGCAGCUGGACCCAGGUCAGAGGACCUUGUAUCAGGAGGUGAUGCUGGAGAACUGCGGGCUCCUGGUAUCCCUGGGGUGUCCUGUGCCCACACCCGAGCUGAUCCAGCAGCUGGAGCAUGGGCAGCCGCCAUGGACACUGAGCCUGGGUGUCCAAAGCACACAGCCAGGUGACAGUGGGAAAACGCUGGAGCCAGCCUUGUGCGAGGGAGCCCGCCUUCAGGGCCAGUUGAUGCUCAGAGCCUCCCGGGCCUCCCCAUGGAUGCAAGGCCUGGGUCAGGGUGGCCCCUCAGACAGGCAGGAAGGACGUGUGAGAGCAGGGGCACAGGCCCCGAGGGAGGAGCUUUCUGGGAGGACACACCCAGGCCCCAGUGGCUCAGGGACGGGUGACAUAGUGUGUCUGAGGACCGUAGGGGAGCAGAUUGCUGCGGGGGACCCUGUGCUGGAAAAGGUGCAGGCUUUCAAGUGCAGCAAGUGUGGGAAGGUGUUCAACAAGAAACACCUGCUCGCUGGCCACGAGAAGAUCCACUCCGGGGUGAAGCCCUACGAGUGCACCGAGUGCGGAAAGACCUUCAUCAAGAGCACGCACCUGCUGCAGCACCAGAUGAUCCACACCGGGGAGCGGCCGUACGAGUGCCUGCAGUGUGGCAAGGCCUUCAACCGCAGGGCCUACCUCACGCAGCACCAACGCAUCCACAGUGGGGAGAAGCCCUACACCUGUGGCCAGUGUGGCAAGGCCUUCACGCACCGCUCCAAUUUUGUCCUGCACAGCCGGCGACACAGUGGGGAGAGGGCCUUCACGUGCACAGAGUGUGGGCAGGUCUUCCGCCACCGGGGCGGCUUCCUCAGGCACCACGCGGUGCACGGUGGCCAGAGCCCCUACGAGUGCUCCGAGUGCGGCCAGGCCUUCAGGCACAGGUCGAAGCUGCUAUGGCACCAGCAAGGCCACACAGGGAAGAAGCCCUACGAGUGCCGCGAGUGCGGGAAGGUAUUCCUGGAGAGCACAGCACUGAUCCACCACGGUGUCACCCAUUCGGGCGAGAAGCCCUUCGAGUGCCUGCAGUGCAGCAAGGCCUUCAACCACAGGUCCUACCUCCGGAGGCACCAGCGCAUCCAUACUGGGGAGAAGCCCUAUGUGUGCAGUGAGUGUGGCAAGGCCUUCACCCACUGCUCCACCUUCAUCUUGCACAAGAGGGCCCACACGGGCGAGAAGCCCUUCAAGUGCAAAGAGUGCGGCAAAGCCUUCAGCAACCGGAAGGACCUCAUCCGUCACUUCAGCAUCCACACCGGGGAGAAGCCCUAUGAGUGCACGGAGUGUGGCAAGGCCUUCAACCGCAGGUCCGGCCUCACUCGGCACCAACGCAUCCACAGCGGGGAGAAGCCCUACGAGUGUGCAGAGUGUGGUAAGGCCUUCUGCUGGAGCACAAACCUCAUCCGCCACGCCAUUAUCCACACGGGGGAGAAGCCCUACAAGUGCGCCGAGUGCGGGAAGGCCUUCAGCCGCAGCUCUUCGCUCACACAGCACCAGCGGAUGCACGCGGGGAGAAACCCCACCGCCACUGUGGAGCGGGGAGAGCCUUUCACAGGCAUCCAUGCCUCAGUGACGCUCCGGGAGCUGCUUAUGGAGAGCGACUUGAUGAAUGUGACCACUGGGGGCAGUCUCUCAACAGAGCACAGCUCAUCCUCAGCUCCCACUGCCUCACAUCAAAGGGCUGCCCAGUCUGUGUCUUCACUGUGAGCCAAUCUGCUGCACACAGGAGUCAGCAGAGCUGGGCCCCACUCAGAGUCUUAUUCUCUUAGGACCCAUCCAGGAGAGACCCCUCAGGGAAGUCCCUGCUGCACUUUCUCCGUAGUUCACAGUACAAUGCUAUCUCAGGAAUUACCCUUGAAAGGAGAUGUGGGGGGAAAUGAAACAGAAGCACAGAUCUUCUCAGGCUGUGUUGACUGCAUCUGACUUGGUCAUUGCUUUGUCCACACGGGUGAGGGGAGCAAUGUCCCCAGGGGCAGGGUCCCAGCGUGUCCUGCAUGCACGUCCACUGCUGCCUAGCAGCGAGUCUGCUGCAAGAGCUGCUGUUUCAUAAUGUAAGCGGGCUUGAGCCAUGAAGUGUCUCUGUAUUUAAGGCAAUAAAGAUAUGCAUCAUGGGUGCAUUUUACUGGUCAAUUAAGACUACUUAAAUUGACUUAGAAAAGUCUUUCACAUUGUUUUAAAAACUGCACAGAAACAUUUCUUAGUCUACUAUUCAUUGCUGUAACUAACAUGAUAAAUGUCUAAAAUGAGUCAAGGAAUUUUCUUGGUUAACACUUACUUAACAUUGCUUCCUUUAACUUCCCACAUAAACUUUCAGCUAACUUUUUUGUCUGUGUUUACAAAAACAUCUUCAUAGACUUUUCCAGUUGCUGUUUUUACUCUGUCAGACCUUUCAGUUCACAGAUGUGGUAUAUCUUCGUUUAAUCAUUUAAAUUUACUCUACUGUAUUUCAUUAGGUCUUUGUAAUUUAAGUUGCACAAGGUGGGUUUGAAUUUUCACUCUUUGUGCCUCAGCCUCCCAGAGUGCUAGGAUCACAGGCAAGCACCCCGGUGCUUGGCAAAUGCAAAUGGCCUUGUGUUUACGGUGUUAGUGUGUUUGUGGCUGGUAUUGGUGUAUACGUACACUUCCUCUUGCUCCCUGGUAUUUGGUACUGUGUAGAAAGCAUGUUUUGAUGUCCUGUGACCUUGCUGAACUGCGUGUGAUUUCUGGCCUUUUCUCUUGGUGGAAGCCUUGUACACGUCUGGAAGCACAGUUUUACUUCUUGUGAACACCUUUGAUUUCAUGCAGGCGAGGGCUCUGCAACGCUGAGCCGUCUCUGCUUGGUUCUCGAUGCUAGGAGAACCCUCCGUUUUUCCCCAUGAAGUGUAAAAGUUACUGCCAGGAUGGAGCGACACACACACCCAUUGCCAGCAUUGUACCCGGAGUCCCUGGGGUGCUGGACAGCUGCUCUGUGGCCCUGAGGUUCAUGGAUGCUUCUCAAGCACAGAAUGCUUCUCUCCAUCCUGCCGGCAGUGACUGCGCCCCUGUGCGCCAAUGCUGGGUUUCCAGUGCUAGGAUCAUGUGAGUUUCCUUCUGUAGCUAAUUGGUAGCUGCCUUAUGUGACAGCUGUGAAAUACCCAGCCAGCCUGUGCCCUUAGAAUGAGCUGCAGUCGUGGGCAAUGGUGGUUGUAUAUUGCAGGGCAUCAUUCUGUUGGCUUAUGUUUUAUUGAGGCGUUGAGUCUCUUUCUGCUUCUUCCCACCUCUUAAUGUUUCCACAGAUGAUAGUUUCUCCCUCUCUUUUUCCUUUUGUGCUAAGAAUUGAAUGCGGUGCACUGAGCUACGUCCCCAGCCCCUGUUCUCUUUUGAGCCAGAUACUUGCUAAAUUGCCCAGGCUGGGCUUGGACUUGAACUUGGAAUCUUCUUACCUCAGCCCCCCAGUGAUGGGAUUUCAGGUGGUAGUGAUCACCUCCUCCUUCUGUUUGUUUGCUUGUUUUGCUUUAAAUUUGUGGGGGAAGGCUUGAGUUUUUUAUAGUCUAGGGGACUGAAUCAAGGCCUUACAUGCUCAAAGUAAGGCAAGCACUCUGCCACUGAACUUCCUCUGGGCUUUUUUGUUAGUGCUGUCAUGUUUGUUCUAUAGGUUUCAUGUCUAUGUGCUUUUGGUCUCCCAACAUGAGUUGUAAAACCUACCCCUCUGGGUUUUGGAAGACUGUAGGUGUAAUUAGGAUAUUUCUGUUUUUGUAAUGUUGGUAGCAUUCUGUAGCAAGCCACUGGGCCUGGAGGUUGGUUGGUUGGUUGGUUUUAGGUAUUAAAAUUUUUUUUCAUUAGAAUUGAAUGCAAGGCCUUCACAGUGACCUUUAUCUCCACCUCUCCUCUUUUUGUUUGUCUUUUUGAGGUAAGGUCUUAACAAUAUUGGCCAGGCUAAGCUUGUUUUUAUGUAUGUAUGUAUGUAUGUAUGUAUGUAUAUAUAUGUAUUUUUAAGUGGUUCUUUUUUAAAAUUUUAUUUUGAAAGUAGUAAAAAUACAACAGCAUAAGACAGAACAAAGCCAGUUGAGACACUGCAGUGAAAUUGGUAUAGAAUUUCACAGUAGGAUACUGGGAUGGUAGUAAUAGGUACUAUAUGGUACGUCUUGUUAACUUCACAAUAGUUGUCCAGUCAAUUAGGUAUAGCCAAAAACAACAUUAUAAAACCAACUGAGAGUAUUGAAUAGAGCAAAAGAAACAUAACAAAACAAAACUGUGAAAAUAACCUUUGCCUUCAAACAGAAGAUAGAAGAAAAUCCCCCAUGUUUGCUAUAGUGCAUAUGAUCAUUCUCCCAAGAGAUGCUGAGACACCUAUCCCCAGUAGCUAUGGGGGAAAGGGGGUUGAUUCUCAGCCCGUGCUGGUAGGCUCACAGGAGUCACUGGUUCUCCUCCUGGCCUGCACCAGGGGCGCUUACCAAGAGGGCGGAAGAAUAAGCUAUCUAAGUCCCACCGUGGCCUCAUCUCAGGAGUGUUCCAUUUAUUUUUUUGAGGCAGACUCUUGCUGAGUGGUUUAGGCUGGCCUUGAACUCCAUGUAACAGUCCUGCCUCAGCCUCCAUAGUGCUAGGAUUACAAGAGUGUACUACCAUGCUUGCCUUAUUUUAUAUUAUUAUUUUUUAAUUUUUAUUAUUGAGUUCUCUAGCAGAGUCAGAUAGCUGAGGAAUGUGCAUGAGAAAGGUGCUUGGUCAUUGGGUUAUGACUGUAGCUAAGGGCAGACUCAAUCUCUUUUAUCCUGAUGUCCUGUCACGAUGUGUCUUCUGUCACUGCUUCAUCUUCAUGCCUCAUGAUUGUUUACUUCACCAGAAGAUGGGAGCCGGCUCUUCCACUCUGUGACCUGGAAGCUUGGAGACAGAAUCUUUUCACCUGGUAGUUUCUACACAAGUUGGCAGUCUUUCUCUUCCAAGGUUUGUCCCUGCAGAGGCUGCAGAACCUUGCUGCAGUGAGAGCUUCAUGACUUUUGGGCCAUGGCACUUUGAAGAAAGGGGAAAGUCCUCUCUGCAUCUUUGGAGGUCUGUGCUCCAUUGUGUGAAGCAGACUGAUUCCUCAGCUUACACCUGGUCAACAGCAGGCCCUCUGCAGCUGGGCUGCUCACGGCGGCAUUGGGUGUCUUCCCUGGGAAUGUCCAUGCCACUUUGUUUUUCUUUUUUGUCUUUUUGAGACAAUCUCACUAUGCAGUUCAGGCUGGCCUUGAACUCACUUAGUAGGGAGGGCUGGUCUUGAACUCAACGAUCCUCCUGCCUCAGCCUCCCAAGUACUAGGAUUACAAGAGUGCAUCACUAUGCCUGGUUUAAUGUCCAUGCCCUCUUAACUGGCAGACAAAUGGCUUCUCCAAGUGUGCCUUGUGGUUCCUGGGUCUCCACGUCAGCGCUUUGAUGGCUUUUAUAGCAGUACUUCUGAUGGCAGCCCCAUUUCGGUUUCCUAAGUCACCCGCAGUGUCCAUAGCAACGACUGCAGCUGGACGUGGUGGCCAGACAGGAGUGAAGCAUAGUUCAGUCUUAGCCUUGAGAUCUUCCUCCCUCAGCCUCCCUGAGUGCCGGCACACCCAGCUCCUGGUAUUUAGAUUUCUGAUUUGUUUCACACAGAAUCUGUUUCAAGUUUGACUUUAAGUGACCCGGGAUAUGGUCUUACUCUGCACUGCUGCCCAAAAGGUGUGCCUGCCCCAUCGUGCUGUGGGGCAUCUGCUGGUGUCCAUGUUCUGUGGUUGAUGGUGUUACUCAGACACUGAAUGUUUGCUCAGUCAGUCUAGUAUUUUCUCAUAAACCUUUUUAUUCAAAUUUACUUAUUUAUUUUUGAGGCAGGGUCUCUAUGCAGUUCAGCCAACCUUGAACUCACCAUGAAGCCCAGGCUGGCCUCAGACUCGAAGUGAUCCUCCUGUCUCAGCCUUCUGAGUGCUGGGAUUACAGGCGUGCACCUGCACACCUGGCUGUCAAACCUCUGUGGAGAGUACCUUUUUUUCAACUUGGUUGAGGAUUUUAAAUCAAAUACAGUGGUCCCUCAGUUAAUGAACUAAAUCCGUUCCACAGUUCUGGGGAAGGUGGCCAAGGUCGAGUUCUUUACCUGAAGUAGUAUUUGCAAACAGAAGCAAGAUUUUGCUGAAUGUGGCUGUUCCUGAACCAAAUUAUUCACCAACAGAAGUUUUUGUGAACUCCAGGUAUUGCUGUCCUAAAGCUUGCAUUUUUCCAGCUUGUCUUUGUUUAAACCUCUACUUCUGGUAUUUUCAUGGUCCAGAAUGCUGGUCCAUUCUCCCUCACCACCUGAAGACCCCCUUCCCAUUUGCCUGCAGUCUGGCUCAGACCAGUGAGCCUCCUUCCCCCCAGCUGCAUAAUGUCUGCUCUUGGUGAGGUUCUUCACCGCCGGCUGCUAGGCAGCCAAGGCCCAACUGGCAAAGAAGAUCCUCACUCACCUCUUGUUCCUGUAGAUUCCUGCUGUGGUCUAAGCUCCACAUGGCUGAGACCCAGUGAGAAAGAAUCGAUUUGUGUAUUACUUCCGUCUGUUGAGAGUGUUGUGCUAUCUUGAACUGUAGUUGCAGAAUUAUCUGUUCUGUGUCAGAGUCUAUUUUCUGGGACAAAAUACCUGAGAUAAACAACUUGAAAAGAAGAAGUUUAUUUUGGCUCAUGAUUUCAGAGGGUUUAGUCCUUGGCUUCACUGUUUUUGGCUGGAGGGGAUGAACACUCUUUGCAGCUGGGACGUAGAGAAAGGAGAAGAGUUCUAGUAUCACCUUCUGGAGCUGAGCUGACUUCUUCUGCCACAUCCUGAAGGUUCCACAUAUUCCCAGUAGGCCACCGGCUGGGACCUAGCCUUCACCAUGUGGGCCUUCAGUACUUGGACCCAAACUAUAACAAGUUUGCUCUGCAUAAUUCAGAGUUCUGUUUUUUGGUGCUAACUACUUAAGGUUACUGCACAUUUUUACUUUAUUUACUUGUUAGUUUGCAGUACUGGGUUGAAUCCAGGGACUCACACCAAGCUACAUCCCCAGCCCUUUCUACUUGAACUUUCCUGACAGUCUUGCUAGGUUAGGUUCCCAGGCCAGGCUUGACUGCGAAAUCAGCCUUUCAGAGUGCUGGGAUUACAGGCGCGCACUGUCAUGCUCUGUUCUCUAACCUUUUGUUGCCACUGUUAACUUUCUUGACUUUAAAGUACAUGUAAUGUAUUUUAAUAUGAUCUUUAAUGUUCCCACCCUUUUUUAUUUUGAAACAAGGGCUAGUUAAAUUGUUGGGGGUAAGGAUUAAACUUGGUGAUCCUCCCACCCCAUCCUCCCUGGGAGCUGGGAUUACAGGCGUGCACCACACACACAGCCCCACUGCCUGGUUUUUGUUUUUGUUUUUCUUUCUUGGUUUUUUGAGUCAGGUCUCACUGUCUAGAUUGGGCUGUUUUCAAAUUCACUUUGUAGCCCAGCCUGGUCUUAAACUUGUGGCAGUCGUGCCUCGGCCUCCCGUGUGCUGGGAUUUUAGGUGUGGACAUCAUGCCUGGCACUACUGUGUUUUUAAAACUGUUUGCAUGGUGUAUUACAUUUUCCUACAUUUUAUUUUCAGCCACAUCAGCAUUACCUGAUGGAAUUUUUUCUUUUUUCUUUUUUUUGGUACUGGGGAUCGAACUCACAGCCUCACACUUGCCAGGCAGGUGCUUGUGCUGCUGAGCUGUAUCUCCCCCUAUCUGAUGAAUUUCUUAACAGUGUGUAAGUUUUAAAUUCUGUUCUGGAUAUUUUGUCUUUAAUUGGUACAGGCAGACUGUUUAAAUGUUAUUUAGUUUAAGGUACUGAGGACUGAACCAGAAGUACUGAGCUGCCUCCCUACCCUUUAUUUUGAGACAAAGUCUUAAUGAGUUGCCCAGGAUCAUCUCUAACCUGUGACCCGUCUGCUACAGAUUCUUGAUGUGCUAAUGCUGACAUCCGCUGUUUAAUGAUUUUAGCUUGUGUUUUCUGUUUGUUAGCAUUAUUAUUUUGGCACUUUGCUGGGCUUUCGGGUUUUCAUUGUUUCCCUUCAGUUACUUCAACAUCCUUGGAGUCCCAUGUGAUGUAUCUGUGGUAUUUUUUAGUGUAGCCCUUGGUGUUCUCUAGUUGUUGGGAGACAUAGUACGUGAAUGUGCUUAUGUGGCUCACCACCCUGUAGUGACCUUAACACUGUAGCACUUUGAUGUGUGAACAGGCUUCCUUUACGCCCCUAGCGUACCUGUUCCUCUAUUCCCUACCACCUCGUUCCGAGCACCAGUUUGGAAGUUGCAGUUUCUGAUUCAGCUGUCAAAACGUGUUCUGCAGAGUCAGGAGAAAUCUGUUCACCACCACCCGCUCCACCGUCAGUGUUUCUCAAGGCACCAGGCCGUCUUCUGUGUACUUUCUUUGUUGGCUGUAGCUUUUUCUGGGCAGGUCUGCUGGGAACCCUGCUCUUUGGUCCCCUCUUACUGAAGGGUGCUUUUGUGGGCUGCAGGAUCAGGGUCACAUGUCUUCCCGCAGGAGACAAACGCGUCCCUUUUGUCCACCAGUCUCCAGUGAGAGGUUUGCUAGGAUUUCAGUAGCAUUUUGCAGGUGUAAUUUCCAUAUGUAAUUUCCAUCAAUCUGUGUGCAAAACGUUCUUCCUUUUUUUCCCAUUCUCAUUCCCAGUCUCUCUUUCCAGUCCUCUCCCCGUCACAAAGUUUGGUUUUUAUUUUAUCUGCUUUUUUUCAUUUUCUUCUUUCCCUUCCCCCCAUUUCCCUUUUCCCUUGGAACUGUUUCUUCCUAUUCCAUAUUUAUUGUACAUUUAUGAUCUUAUUUACAUUUUUAGUUUCUCACAUCAGAGAGAUGUGGUAUUUACAUAACUGAGUUCCAUUCCCAGCCCUUUUUUUCUUUUUUAUUAUAAAGCAGAGACUGGUUGAGGCACAGAGUUGUCCAGCCUGGGCUCAAACUUUUAGUCCUCCUGCCUCAGCCUCCCAGAAUUCUGGGAUUAAGGUGUGCACAGACGCAUCUAGAAUGUAGUUGUGGACUUUUUUAUUGUCUUGUUUAAGAAUCAGACUUCUCCAGGGGAAAAGAGCUGUAUGUUUUUAUCCAAAAGGUUCGCUUCCCUUUCAGUUUCAGUUCUGUGGCCCUUUUCAUAUACACUAUUGUGUGUUUCGAAUGUAUUUUGUGCAGAGUAUGGAAUCAAGGCCAAGGAACAUUUAACAAUAGUUUUCCUUGUCUAUAAUACUCAGGUUGAUAACGGUGUGUCUGUAUGGGUUUCUUGUUUUUUGUUUUGGUUCCUCCUGUUUAGUUCUUGUUCCGUUUUUUUCAAUUGUAGGUUUAUGCCAGUCUUUUUGUUUUGUUUUGUUUUUUCUUUUUGAGACAGGGUCUCACUAUGUAGUUCAGGCUGGCCUUGAGCUCACUUUGUAGACCAGGCUGGGCUCAAACUCACACAGAUCCUCCUGCCUCAGUCUCCUAAGUGCUAAGAUUACAGGCAUGUGCCCACCAUGCCCAGUUAAUGUAAAUUUAAAAAAAAAUUUUUUUUUUGUACUCAUGCCCUUGCGCUUGCCAGGCAAGCGCUUAAGCUGCUGAGCUAAAUCCCUUUCUUACAGGGAGGGUUCACCCAUUAUUUGUUCAGAAGCUGUCCUCACCCUGACUUGUCUCCUGAGGACCUAACCUGAAUGGCAGCUCCUGGGGUCACCCCAAAGAUCGCCCUGGGCUCGGGUCUGUUUUCCCUUAGGUGCUUUCUCUCUGUGGUUUGUACCUAUUUCUGUUGAACUUUAUGGAGCUCACAGAUUCUUCUUUCCUUAUCUUUUCUAUGUUGGGAAUUUUCUUUGAGGCUUUUCAGUUUCUGAAUCCUUUGCCCUUUGCCGCAGAAAUGGUUUCUUGCGCUCUCGGCCAAGAUGGCCUGAUCUUAAGAUCUUAGCUGCAGCAGGAACGCUCAGUGCUGUGUGCGCAGAGGCCCAGCCCAGCCGGCAGCUCUGCCCCAGGUUGGCCGCCUGCUCCCUGUGCUCAUCCAGGGCAGGUCUCCUGCUCCUGCUCCGCAUUCCCACUCUGAAAAUGGUGAGAAAGUGUCCCAUGCCCGUGUGCGUGCUUCUGUAUGCGCCCUUUCUCCUGCCCUGAGCAGCGCUGCAGCCACUGCCCUCCUGUGCUCUCCUGGCAUGCUGCUAAGUCCCGACUGUUGCCACCACAUGUUCCAGACACGGUGGGUGUGCAGCGAGGCUUCCGGCAGUUUCUGUUCCUGGAGUACGCGCCAUGCCGCGGUGUGCAGAGGCCCUGACCGCGCUGUGGCAGAAACGGGCUUGGCUCUGGCCGAGGCUGCAGACAUCUGCAUGCUGCUUCACUCAGGAUCCCAUCAUUCUCCUGGCCGAAGGACAAAGGUGACUGAAAGGAUUUUGCCCUGCGGUGGGAGACAGGGAGGCAGAACCAAGGGACUCUAUCUUGAGGUCACCUUUCCCGCCCCUAGGCAAUUUACCUGUGACAUGAAGUGAAUUCCAAAGGGCUACCUGUGCAUCAGUAAUGCCCCUUAGGCACCACCCCAAACCUAAGCUAUAUGUAUGCCCCCACACCACAUGUCAGGCAGAGAGAAUGCCAGACCCCUGAAGUCAUGGAGUCUCUUUCCACAUUCUUAAAAUAAAGGCCACUUUUAUUUCAUAUUUGUUAUCUUUUUAGCCCACCAAAAAUUCUAUCAGAUGGUUCCCUGACCGGGAAUCAACAGACGAGUGACUCCUAGGACCCUCCCAGUCUGAGUCCCCUCCUGGUUCACGGACUGGACUGCAUACUGGAUUAAUUCCUCACUUCUCAACACUCGGGAGCUGCUAAACUUGUUGCUGCUGAUUUUCAAACACCACCAGUGUAAUUCAUUUACUACAGGUGAGCCAGUGCUGUCCCAAGAUUACUCUGUGGUGGGGCCAGGCUCCAUGCCAGAUUUUCUUCCCAUUCCCUCCAUGGGUAAUACUGUCACGUCCCUUGGGGCAGCCCUGAAGCAGAGCUGUCCACUUGUGUCUUUUUUGGUGACGACCAGGAACUGAUUACCAUAGGUCUAGGAGACCACGUGAUGACUUGACUUGCCUUAGGCCAUGGUCUGUUGGCUCAUCUGACUGUGACUCUGUGGGCCCCACGCCGGAUUUUCUUAUCUUGGGGACCACUUCCUGUCCCCCCAAAAAAUACCUAUGGAGUGCCUGGUUCAAAACCAAAAAGCUGAUCUUUUAUUUAUAGCUUAUCACACUGACAACAAGUUUACAAAAACUCUCCAUCUUUAGGCCUUUGUUUUAACAAUGUGUCCCUCUCUCCCUCUGCUCCUCCAGGAUCCCUCCCCCUCCCCACACUUAGGAGGUGGCUUCUUUACAUCUUUUCCCCUAUAUCUCACACACCAAACCCCACAGCCUUCUCAGUGUCCUCCUUUCCUCCCUGCUUCACCCAUUUCUCAAUCCCUCCCUGAGCCGUACAUCUUCCCACGCCCAGAUGGGGGAGGUAUGCGCGGACAGCGUUGGCUGGCGGUACAAGUGGGGCAUACACAGGUGUGCACCAACCAGCCUGGGCUGCGCAGGCUGCUCUGGGCUCUCAUGCCAUGCCCUAGCUCCGCACCCUGCCCUGAGUGAUCUGCCCUCCCUGUGUACUCCGAGUGUCUCCUGAGCAGUCCCAGCCCCUGCCCCCCAGCGCAAGCGGGCUCUGAGUGGCAGCACGGAGAAAGAGACAAUGGGUUGCAGUGGGGGGGGGGGCAAUUCUUAUUUCAAGAGAUCUCAAUCUACAAAAGGGUUCACACCAGCGUUAUGUAAUAUAGUUCAAAUUGGCCAAAUAUAUUUGAGUGCACUUUGAUUUUAUAAGAUAUAUCUGUUGUUUGUUCAGUCCGUUUAUACUGUACAGAUCAUCUGUCCAUGUUUGUCCAUUUGCCUGCUCUGUGAACAGCUGUUCCUUCUUGUUUGAGCUCAACAUUUUUUUUUCCUUUUUUACAUUCUCAGACCAUUUAUUCAAGUUUUAUUUGGGUUAUAGAUUUUAAAAAAACAUGCUUCCACCUAGUUUGCCAGCUGGUCAAUAUGGUGCUAAAACUGGUUAAAUAAAAUAUCUUGGGGUGAGGAGACAAUGGACAAGACUUCAAUUGAUGAAUGGGAAAGUGGCCACCUGGUAAUUUUACCAGCUUUGUUUAUCAAUUAAAGCCUUCAAUAAUCUCCAUAGCCUUAUAUGAGACACCUCAACUGAAGUUCAUAUGACUAAGACAAUUCAUUGUUGCUGGUCCAAUGGUAUAUUCAUGCUUUCAAAUAUAAAAUUGGGAUUGUUUCUGCUGUCUUUUUCUUAUGUUCCAGCCAAGAGAUACAAAUCAGACCAAUAUGAGUAAACCAGUCAAUUUUUAAACAAAAAUUUAUGUAAUGUAUGAUGACAAAUGUUUUCUUUCAGAUCCAGAUAUACGCUUAGAGAUGCUUCACAAAUUCUUCAGCAUUCAAAUGUUAAAACAUUCAUGAUUAGGGGCUGGGGAUUUAGCUCAGCGGCAUAAGCGCCUGCCUUGCAAGCAGGCAGUCGUGAGUUCGAUCCCUGGUACCGAUGAAAAGGAAAAAGACAAAAAACAAAACAACAACAACAACAAAAAAACAACACUCAUGGUUGAUAGCCAUUUAAUGUUCUAUGUUAAGCUUAUUGCCUACACUGCACUGUUAUCAAUCUCCUGGAUGUUCAACAACUGAAAUUAAGAGAUAAUUAUAAAUUCCUUUUGGAUUCCUUUUACUGGGAUCUACCAAUCUUUUAUAGAAAAAAAGGUUAUAUGAUACAUGCAAAACAACAAGAUCAGCACUGGUGCAGAGGCCAGGCCUUGAGCCUUUCCCAGCCUGUUUGCCUACCCUGGCUCCGCCCUCUGCCGAGCCAUAAUUAACUAUACUAAACUGGCAUUAAAUACACCGUAGCUGAUCUCUCUCCUAAAUAAAAAGGUAAAAUUAAUAAAACAGGCCAUCCUCCAAAAAUCAGAUGGCAUUAGACAUUCUAACAGCAUAAAGAGAUACUAAAAAUGACAAAUAAAUGAUAUGUCAGUUCCUAAAAUUCCAUGAACCUUAUCCUCCUUAUGGGAAGCCAUUAUUAAAGUCAUGAUCAUAAAUACCCUGUUGAUUGUAUUUGACUCCUGCAUACUUAAUUGAUUCUACAGAUACUUUCCACUGUGGGCCAGAUCCCAAGACAAAAGGCUAAAUUUGGCCCUCAAACCCCAUAGGGAGACCUUCUUAAUAUGGCUUUUCAUGUUUUCAACAACAGAGAUAAAAAUAAUCUGAUCUUUUAGCAGUGAUACUUGGAGCUCUGAGACAGGUAAACCGACACAAGGUGGAGCUGCCUGAGCCCCUCAUGGACCAUGCUUUGAAUGUAGCAGAAGGACAUUGGGCAAGAGAGUGCCCCAUCCUGGCGUUCCUUUGGGGCCUUACCCCAGGGCUACUGGACUGUCCUAGACACCAGAGAAUAGGUAAGCCAUCCUAACUUCUAGCCCUCACAGGAAAUGCCAACACUGCCAGAUUCAUUGCUGACAGAUCUGCUUGGACUUGCUGCUGAAGACUGAUGGGGCUCAGGGUCCACAGCCCCCAUUAAGGUAUCCUUCUCAGAGUCCCAAGUCCCACUAGAGGUCUCAGGUAAGACAUUCUCUAUACUUGUGGACAUAGAGGCCAUGUGUAGGGUUCUUCCUGAGCUUUCCGGCUGCUAUAUUAAGUCCUCAGCCUCUAUAGGGGGUAUUGAUGGCCAUCCUAUGCAGCCUGUACAGACAGGGUCUAUUUCAUGCAGAUUCCAGAGUUGCUGCUUCUCUGGUUGAUCCCACAGUUUGAGAUACCUCUAUUCCCACCUGCGCUGCCCAUGCCAUGCCUAUUUUAAUUCAUCUCAGGAUCCUUCAAUUUUUCCUUGGGUUCCCCAGUAUCCCAUAGCUUCCAAACAUUUACAGGAACUUAAACCUAUAAUUAAGUGCCUUUUAGACAAUGGUUUUUUUAAACCUACCUGCUCACCCUAUAAUACUCCUGUUUUCCUGGUACUCAAGCCUGCUGGAUCUUACCGUCUAGUAUAAGACCUGAAGAUACUCAAUAGUGCUGUUACCCCAAUCCACCCAGUGGUGCCAAUCCCUCCCUCCACCACUCACUUUACAGUGCUAGAUCUUAAAAAUGCCUUUUUAUUCCUUUGUGUUUAUGUAGAUUGACCCAGACACUCUGAGGUCUCAAUAGCUUAUACCUGUUAUCUCUAGUAAAACUCUCCUUAGGGAUACAUAGCACCCCCUUCCUUUCCAAUUCAUCAAUUUCUCAAGACACAACCCUGGUCAAGAUUGACAGAUAAAUUUUAUCUUCUUGCCUUUGUUUAUACUUUUUCAGGAUAAAUAAAAGCCUUUCCCACAACCAGGGAAACUGCUGAUAUACUUACUAAAGUCCUGUUACAUAAAACCAUCACAAGGACUACAACCAAGGUGGAGCGGCCCAUAUCUGGUCUGCUUGGCAACCUCAACAGCGGUCAAAGUUGCUAGACUGCCGUCCUGGUUUCACAUCACUCAGGCUAAGUGGUGCCCUCCCAGGCCUAGAUCUAACCAUCCUUUUGCCCACUCAUCUCCACUUCAUAAGGCCUCACAGCCACAACUCUCAGGCUGUCAUAUUUUGUUAUCUAAUUUGGUUCCUAAUUUUUUACAUUCUAUUAAUUGUCCUCUUUACAGCAGGACUCUCAACAGUCUUUCCUAAAGACUCCCACAUCAUGCAUACCAGAGACAAGUCUUACCUACCUACCUUCUUAACUUUUACCCUUUCAGAUGGGGGAAUAUCACCUCUCAUAACCCCACGCUUAUUUUUUGGAAUUCUAUCUUACCAUGGCAGUGAUUCUACCUCAACAUGGUCCUGAUAGAAUGACAUAUCUAAAUCAAAGGCACCUUUCCUCCUACCUCACCUGGGUCCUUAAAUAUGAUAGUGGUAUGCCUCCUCAUGACACCUUGUCUCUUUGUUUUUCCAGUCUAACUGUGAGAGCAUUCACCAGUAAUAAAGUUGUUCUGGUUAAAAUACCAUGCACCAGCUUCUACAUGGGCAUCAACCGUCAUCCUGUCAACCCUCCUAAACCCCAUUACAGCGCCCCCUUUCAGUAGGAAGCAGUAAAAGAAAGAGAAACUUUGCCCUUUUUCCUAAUAAUAAAAAGAUGGGAAUAAAAGAAUUUUGCCCUGAAUGGAAAGCUGCAGCAGUGGGAGGCUGGGAGGCGGAACCAAGGGGCUCUAUCUUGAGGUUACCUUUUCCCACCCCUAGGCAAUUUACCUGUGGCAUGAAAUGAAUUCUAAUGGGCUCCCUGUGCAUCAGUAAUGCCCCUUAGGCACCAUCCCAAACCUAAGCUAUAUGUAUGCCACCACACCACAUGUCUGGCAGAGAAAAAGCCACACCCCAGAGGUCAUGGAGUCUCUCUCGCAUUCUUAAAGGCCACUUAUUUCAUAUUUCUUUUUAGCCAUGCCAAAAAUUAUCUAUAAGUAACCUUGCUGAAGGGAAGGGCUCUGCAGAGGAGUAGUGAGCACAGGCAGCCUCCCCAGUUGGUGCUGCAGAUCCGCCUGGAGCUGGGCACACUGCACUACUUUCCACAGGGAAUCCCAGUCCGGAGUUGGGGCCUGGGGCUCUAACUCUUCCUCACGUGGUUUUCACAGGACCAAGGUGCUUGUGAGCUGUGAAUAUUAUUCCCCUCAGCAAAAAUACGGAUCACAAUACUUGGAGAAAGUCUUCCUAUACCACUGUGGUAAAGUCUCCAUUUGGAGUGGAACUUGCAACAACUGUGCCGAGACUGAAUCCAGGACAACUUCCUGAGGGUCUGUUGGGAAAAGGACCUUCUGCCUGUCACACAUGUUCACAUGGGUGCAGCAGCCCCUCGGGUCAUGGAGUUCAUUCCUUCCACAGUUCUGUGGAAAGGGCCAUGGCCCUGUGCCUCACCCAGUACAGACUAUCUACUGCCUGAAGCUGUGUGUGUACAUGUGUACAGGGCGAUCCCAGCGGCUCUCAGCGCUCAUCUUGGGUCUGAAGACGCAGGUCUGCCAGAUUGGUGUGGGUUUCCAUGGUGCAUCCUAACAAAAUUUCUUCCUCCAUUGCUGCUAUUUGACAUAUAGCCUUCGGCUUUGAUGGAGAAUUGAACAGGGCGUUCAUGGUGAUGCCCACAUUGUGAUGCACAGGUGCUUAAAUUAAAGAGUGUGUUACCUCA